GGGGGUUGUGGCGUGGAGGAGAAGGAUUUCAGUAUCCUGAGGAUAGAAGCACGGAUAGGUGUCGAUUAACUGUUUGUCAAGGCCCUAAAUACAGUUUGUAUUUUCUCUCGUGAAAUAAAACUUAUCAAACUUAUCAAUGAGCGUUGUCAAAUUGUUGCGCUCUGGUUGCGCUAUUUUGCGUUGAUUUUACGUCACCUUGGUAAAUAGUCGUCAAGCGUAGAUUGUGGAAGAAUAAUACAAUUUUUUUAUAUUUACAGACGAAAACUGCUUCAUAUGUGUAUUUUGAACUAACCUACAUAUGCUUGAAACGUCGCGUGUUCUGAACGCGCUGCUGCCGCCGUGCGCGCUGGUGGCCGUCGCGGACGUGGUGGCCGCUCCUCGCCGUCUCUCGGUGUCACAAUACGGCCGUGGGGACACCACCUACGUGCCGGCCGAGAGUCUGAACCCGCCCACACCGCUGGCCGCGCUAAGAGCGGCGCCAGUGCCUCCACCGGCGCCGGCGCCGCGCGGGUCGCUGACACUCAGUGGAGAGAGGCUCGGAGCUGAGCUGCAGGAUCCCGAGGAGAGAGACGGAGAGGCGCCGGAGGCUGAGGGUGCAGAAGGCGCGGCUGCUGAGGUGGAGGAGCCGCCCCAGUGGCGUGAGGAAGGGAGCGUGGCGCAAGGAGAGACAGCCGUGACGACGGACUGGCAGCCGAUCCGGGAGGCUCAGAAGUUCCAGAGUGCUGAUGACUUGAACCCGCCGUCUCCGUCCCGCGGCCUGGACCGACUGCACGUCUCGGCUCCGGACCUCAGUUCACUGCGGGGCCGCUCGGCGGCGCCACCUCCGCCCCGGCUGGUAGCGCCUCCGCCGCCGCCCCAGCCUCCUCCUCCGGAGGCCGGGGACGCCGUGUAUGACAAGCCGCGACGCCGACCCGUCACCGUUCCCGUAGACCGGCUGGUGGAAGAGGUGACCGCUCUGCGCAGGGACAACUACCAGCUGCGACACAUGGUGCACCGCUCCCAGGCGGCGGCGGCCGGUGGGGAGAGUGCCGAGAGGGAGAGAGGGCGGAGGGAAGAUCAGCUGCGCUCGGCCCGCCGGCACACGGACAGACUGGCCCGGGAGGCCGACCAGUUGGCGGAGGCCAACCGGCGACUGGCGGCCGAGAACAGUCGGCUGAGGGCGCAGCCCGACAGACAGGACUCUGCUGCCUUGCGUCAGCUGGUGGUUCGGCUCAGCGAGCAGCUGUCCCGGCAGCUGGGCCAGCCGCCGGCCGAGGCCGAUCUACUGAGCCGCCUGAACGACCCCCGCCGGCUGCCGCCCCUGCUGGAGGCCUAUGAUCAGGUAAAGGCGGAGCUGACUGAGCAGACUGAGCGGCUGCGUUCCGAGCUGUCGGAGCUCCGCCAGCAGCUGCAGCAGCUCACCGAGGAAAACGAGAAGCUGCACGCCGAGGCCGCCGAGGCGCAGACCAAGCCGGGAGUGACCCACCACGAGUGGCGCCAGCUGUCUGAGAACGCCCGUUUGGUGAUUGAGGAGAAUCAGCUGCUCACGGACCAGGUGCAGAUCCUGAAGGAGAAACAGGCAGAGCUGACGGCCGAGCACCACCGGCGCGAAGCGGAGCUGUCGUCGCGUCUCACCGACCUCCAGCAGACGGUCACGGAGCAGCGGGCGCGGCUGGAGGCGGAGCAGGCGGGUCGCCAGCAGCUGGCUGACGAGCGGGACAGACUGCUACAGCAGCUGGAGCGCUCUAUACCGCGCGAACAGCACGAACAGGCCGUGGCAGAGUGUCGCAGACUAUUUGAGGAGCUGCGCGGUCGGUACGGCUCGGAGCGUCUCUCCCUCCUCUCUGACGUGGAGGCGCAGCAGUCUGAGCGCCGACGGCUGGUAGUUCAGCUGACGGAGGCGGCCACACAGCGAGCCGCGGCCGACACCAAACUGCGGGCCGCCAAUAAAACCAUAGCUCGUCUGGAGCGUCGCAUCUCCAGUCUCCAGGGUGAACUAGACUCGGCUCAGAAGGUCAACUCCGAGGCCUCCGAGCACCUGGCUGAGGUGCUGUCGGCCACCGAUCAGCUGAUGGCCGAGCGCAGUCAGCUGGCUCGACUAAACUCUAGUCACCUGAGUGACGGAGACAAGCUGAUGGAGAGAUUCGGAGACGAGAGGGCGCACAACCUCCGACUCCGGGACAAAAUUAAGUCUGUCCGCCGGGAGUGUCAGCAGCAGCUGGAGCGGGCCGAUGCGGAGCUGGCCGAGCUCUCGCGGGCUCACGAGCUGCGGUCAGCCGAGUACGAGCGGCAGCUGGCCUUCCUGAGGGCCCGGCUGGCCGACGAGCAGCGCCAACUCGAGACCGCCCGCACCGACAACAGGCGUGUAACGGAGGAGCUGAACGUGCUGUCCCGAGCGGCCACCGCCGAGAAUCAAAAGCUGAAGGAGCAGCUGCAGCUGGUGCCGGAACGCGACUCGGGCGCCUCUGACGGCAAGUAGAGGCACUUCGAGUUCUUUUUUCGACACUAGAUGACGUAACUCGCAGGGACCAACAGCUAGUCGAUCCGUCCAUAUAUCCGUCCGACUGAGUGUUGUUUGUGGCUCUGCCGUGUCAUUCUCUCUAGUCAUUAUCUAGUCAGGCUGGCUGCCACCGUGAAACUCCUGCGGCUUCAUAAGGAUACCCCUUCCCUCCAAGGUGUCUUGCUUUGAAGAGGGAUGUUUUGGAAGAUGACGGCCACUGCCACGAGUCUGUCCCCCUUCGUUGGACGGUGACAGGUUAAAGCUGUUUAGCUAGCCCUGUAGAGUUCGUGUGGGUGAACUGCACAAAACACGAACGAACAAACGAAUACCGAGAUGAUGGUGGAAAAGAAAUGUUUGUGAAAAGCACGUCACUUUGUUAGCACAAUAAAAAGAUAUUUCGACUUAA